AUGGAGAAAACAAGAUCUUAUGCAACCAAAUUCACAAUAAAGAACAACUGCGAUCACACAAUUUGGCCAGCUACACAAACUAGCCAAGGAGCGACGAUUCCUACAGGAUUCUUAUUAGCAUCAAAAGCAACACAAACACUUGAGAUACCAAACUCAUGGUCAGGAAGAUUAUGGGCAAGAUAUCUUUGCGCCCAAUACGGUAGAAAUUUUACUUGUGUUAGCGGAGAUUGUGCAACGGGCCAAAUAACGUGCAAUGGUGCUGGUGGUAUUCCACCAAUAACCAUUGUACAAUUUACAUUAUCAAGCUGGUCUGGGGGAAAUGAUUUUUACUCUGUUAGCAUAGUCGAUGGUUUUAAUCUACCAGUCUCUGUUAUCCCUAUAAAUAGACCUGAUUGCAGUCAAAUAGGUUGUCUUGUGGAUUUGAACGACGUGCACUGUGCAGAACAAGAUGAGUUUGAAGUACGAGAUCAAGGUAAUAAUGUCAUUGGGUGCAAAAGCGCAUGUAUGGCGUAUCAGCGGGAUGAUUUAUGUUGUACUGGUGCAUAUAGUUCUCCACAAACAUGCAAGCCGUCGAGCUACUCUAAAGAAUACAAGGGAUUCUGUCCUAAUUCUUAUACUUAUCCUUUUGACGAAGAUGCUUUAUUUACAUGUACAGGAGCUGACUACAUGAUUAUUUUUUGUCCAUGGGGACAGGGCCUUGCAUAA